AUGAAUAGUACUGAUAAAAGUGGAAUGAGGAAAAAGAAAUGGAGAAAAAUAUUAUAUGAAGACCAGGGGUACCCAGACAACUAUGUGCACAAAAGUUUUCUAAGUUCUCUUCUAACCAAUUUUGGCAUCAAGUACAAAUAUUCCCAUGUUUGCCACAGCAUGCUAUGCGUUAAUCAUCAAAUAAUUCUUGUUCUCUUUCUUAUCUUGGCUUACCAUUGCAUUGAUAAAAAUAUAGCGUCUCAUAGGUUAAUAUACGCAGCCAGCAGUACCAUAAUAAUACUGAAGGAAGUGUUAAUUUAUGAAGUUCAUAAAUCGAUUAAUUGUUCCUUUAAGAACAUUCUAGACACUGUAAUUAUUAUUGGAAUUAUAUGGAUAUUAUCCCCCGUGCUAAUUAGCCUAACUCAAACACACACUGACGACACGGUUUAUUUAGUUUCCAUAUUGCUGCUGCUCAUUCAUCUUAUGUUUCAUAAUUACGGAUUUAUAUAUGAGAAAAAUGAAAAUAUAGAUAUAUUCGAUUCAACGUCUUUGAGCUGUGUCGUUAUCGCAAGUGUCAUAUUGGGGUCUCGUCUUUCCUCCAUUGUUCAGAUAUUUUCCUUCCUCUUUUUUUCCUCAACACUUUUUUUUUAUACCCCCUUCAUCGUUCAAACCAUAGCCUUAAAAAACAUUAAUUAUUACAACUACGUCUUAUUCCCCCUGAUGUUCCUAAUUUUAUCCCUCUGUAUAAGAAGCAUUUCUGUCAUGCUGUUUUACAUAAACCUCAUCGGGCAUACUUUCCUCAUUUUUGUCGUUCCUGCCUUUUUUGUGAAAAAACACAAUUUAAAAACCAAACUUGAAGGACCAUGGGAUAUUUGUGCUAUUCCAUCAACAUAA